UUGACCAUCCAAGAACAUUCCAUUUUAAAGUGGGCUUUUACUUUGACAGACUGUUCCAGGACUUGUGGCCUUGUUUCUCAACAAUCUAAGCGCUGCAGACUAACCGAACCGGGUCAGUGUUUCACUCGUGAAAUCGCUGAUUGAUCAUUUAUUGGAUAAAUCAUUGCGUGAAAAUGAUGGAAAAUAAAAAGUUCGUCGUCUUGUGUACAGUUUCUUUGACGUUUUUGUUGAGUAUAGCUACGGUUUCAGCCUUCGUUGAAGAGCUCGAUGACACGUUUAAAGACACAAGAAUGCCUGAUGAGAUAUGGCUGAUACAAUUCUACGCUCCCUGGUGUACCUAUUGCAAGCAGCUGGACCCAGUGUGGUAUGAAAUCGGGGCCGAGCUGAAAAGUAUGGGGUCUCCAGUCAAUGUGGGCAAGGUCGACGCCACAGCCCACACCAAUUUUGCAAAAGAGUUUCGAGUUGGAGGCUAUCCCGCUAUAAAAUUGUUGAAGGAUGACUUGAAAUACAACUACAGAGGUCCUAGAACCAAGGAUGGCAUAAUGGGGUUUGCAGACAGAGUAUCUGGACCUGUGGUGAGAGCACUGCCAAGUCAGCAGUUAUUUCAGAAUGUUAUGAGUAGACAUGACGUUCUCUUUGUCUACGUUGGUGGACCGUCCGACUUGAAGGAGAAGUACAUAUCUGUGGCCAAGGAACUGAUUGUGCAUACUUACUUCUUCUCUGCUGCAAGGAACAUUUUACCCAAGGCAGUUACUCUCAAGGAAUACCCGGCUGUGGCAGUGUUCAAGGAUGGCACUUACUUCCUUUAUGAAGAACAACAUGAUGGGGACCUCGCAUCCUGGAUCAAUAGUGAACGAUUCCUUAAUUACCUCCAGAUUGACAGCUACACUUUGUAUGAAAUGGGAGAUACAAGCAAACUGGUGGCUCUGGCUAUAGUGGAUGAGAGAAACCCUACUGAGGAGAGCAUCCGUUACAAGACCAUGGUGGAAAGAGUGGCCACUGAAUACAAGGACCUCUAUAGCAAAGAAUUCCAGUUUGGUCACAUGGAUGGAAACGAGUACAUCAAUGGCCUCAUCAUGGAAGAACUGGCCAUGCCCUCUAUUAUCGUGCUCAACGUGUCCAACGAUGGAUAUUUCCUACCGCCCAACAAAGUGGAGACAAAGGAACAGCUGGUGAAGUUCAUCGAUGGAGUGUCGAAGGGCCGGAUUAAAUCCCAGGGAGGGAAUGGAUACUAUCAAUGCUUUAUAAGGAUUGCGUUCAACACCAAAACGACUGUUACAAAUAUAUUUACCAAUGCGCCCCUUUUGGGCGCCUUCCUCGUCGUUGUUUUCGGCGGCGGCGGAAGUGCCAUCUGUUACGGCCUAUGCAUGGCCUGGCGCUCAAUGAGAAACACAGAGGCGAUGAGCGACACAGAGGACGAGGAACCAAUCACUGGGGAGAGGGUGGAGCCAAAGCAGCUCAAAGGUCCUGGGGAAGACAAGAAGACUGAGACGAAAGCGAAGAAUCCGGCAGAGAAGAAGGCCGAUUAAGUAUGAAGUAUGAAGUAUUGAACUGCCCUCGUUGCCAUGUCUCCCUCAUAAAAUAUGUAUUCUGACCUCAAUGGGACUUCCUGGAUAAAUAAAGGUUAAAUAAAAAAAUAAACUACAAUAAACCCCUACCCCUUAGCCCCUCUGGUAGAUAUAAUAAAAUGAGAUAGGUUUAAGCAAUAUGGUAAUAACUUUAAUUGCCUUCCUAUAGACUGUGUGGUGUUUUCGCCAUAUUGCUUCAACGUACCCUAGGGAGGAGGUACUAGGGGUCAAUUGGCGAUUCAGGGUGAGUAGUUAUUCUGAGUAUGUUCAGCAAUACUUGAAUUUCUACGUCAUUAAUCAUUUUCUAAGAAAUUAUUAGGGUUAUGUUGCAGCACUCCAAACUCUUAUUUAUUUGAUUUGGACAUUUUAUCAUAUAUAUUUUUAUUUAAAACAUUCAUUAAUGAAUUCAUGUCAGUUCAUUGUUGUAGAAGACAUUGAAUUGUAGGGCCUAUAUAAACCGGAAAUGUCUUCACAGUGGGUUACAGGAGACGUUUACAGUGAAAUUGUUCUAUUUUGUUCCACUGUGGUGUUAGUUUUUUUUAGCACCAUCAAUAAACCCAGCAAACAAUUCUA